AUGGCAAAGACUUCUAAUAAUUCUGAUGAACAAGCUCUGAUUGGUUUCAAGGCUGCUCUCUCUGUUGAUCCAUAUAAUUCUUUGUCCGAUUGGUCUCCCAACCACAACUUUUGCAAUUGGACUGGUGUUACAUGCUCUUCUCGUCGACAGCGUGUGGUUUCCUUGAAUCUCACAGGUAAGGGAUUACUUGGACAUAUCUCUCCAUUACUGGGAAACCGUUCCUUUCUUAGAACAGUUGAUCUUUCUAAUAACAGCUUCCAGGGCCAUAUUCCAUAUCAGAUCGGAAGGCUUUUUCGCUUGAGAAGGCUUCUUCUAUCUACCAAUAAAUUAGAAUCCUCUAUACCGUCUUCUCUUGCAGGUUGUCGAUCGUUGCAAUAUCUAAGUUUCUUAUAUAACAAUCUGAGCGGACCCAUUCCCUCUGAGCUUGGCCUUCUUCCACGUUUAGAGACCAUUUGGUUAGAUUAUAACAACCUGACAGGCACAAUCCCAUUAUCCCUUGGUAACCUCUCCUCAUUAACUGAGUUGAGAUUGAGAUACAAUAGUCUCUAUGGAGGUAUUCCCGGGGAAUUGGGAUUGCUCGGUAAACUUAGAACGCUUGAUCUCGAGUUCAAUAACUUGACAGGAUCAAUUCCCACUGCCCUUUCUAAUUGCACCCUUCUAGAAAGUGUCGGACUAGCUGAUAACCUCUUAACUGGCCACAUUCCCUGGGAGUUUGGCACCCUAUCAGAGUUGCAAGGAUUGCAUCUAUUUACAAACCAAUUCACGGGAGAAAUUCCUGGUUCUCUCUCUAAUUGUACGCUUCUUCAAAUUCUUGAUUUAGCGUUCAAAAAUCUGACCGGUACGGUGCCCUUGGAGUUUGGCAGAUUGCUUCAGCUUCGAUGGCUUAAUUUGUGGAAUAAUCAACUUGUGAGCGGAAGCAGUGGUUUGUUAUUUGUAACAGUAUUGAGCAAUUGCUCCAGCUUGUACCAUAUAGAUUUGUCUGAAAACUAUUUCACUGGCAUUAUGCCUUCUUCAGUUGGCCUCCUUCCAAGUGGUCUCGUAUAUUUUCGUUUGCGCUUCAAUGAAAUCGAGGGAAGCAUACCAGAUGAGAUUGGCAACCUGACAGGCAUAGUAAUGCUAGAUUUUGCUUCCAACCAUUUCAGUGGCACUUCCCAAUCUUGA